CAUGCAGUGGGGGCCCAUGCCAGGAGACGCCCUGCUUGCCUCCAGGGUGCCCUGGGUGUCUGGGGUUUUGAUGGUUCUGCCAUGGAAGGCGUGACGCUCCCACACCAGAAACCGAUGGACGUCCCAGGGUUGGGCUUCUUGUGGAAGGUCUCUUGUGAUCGGGCCCCCACUGAGCGCGCACCUGCGGGGCGCUCGCGGGUGGAGCCGUCGGCAUGCCUGGCAGCGGCGUCUCUGCCUGCCUUUGGCUAGCGACUUCUUCGGCGGCUCAGGCGUGGUACGCGAGUGCCAUAUCGUUGGGUCUGGUCAUCAGCCUGAUCGUCAUCUUUGAGUGGGACGGCACUGGUGAGCAGACGGGCCUGCGGGUGGUGUCGCUGCUGUCUGUGGCAUUAUGUAUUUACUUGCCCGGCUUCGUGAUGAUGGUGUCAAGGCUGUGCAUGCCCAUCGUGUGGCUGAGCGAGCUGCAGGACGUCCCCGCAUGCUGCCCCUGCACUUGCUUCCCACACCUUGACACGCCGUGGUACGUUUUACUUGGACUCGGAGGGUGUGAUGUGUUGUUCGUUGUCCUUUUCGCCUCUCACCUCUGGCUUUUGGGAGCCGCGUAUUACAGCAUGGAGAUCGCAACUGCCGUCUGCGCUGUCGUCAAACUGUGUAUCAUGUUGGACUGCUGUUGCUCAGAGUGCAAACCAAAACGCGCGGGGCAAGGACCGACAGCAUCAGGAACAGUCGGUCAUGUGCCUGGCACGGUUGUGGUUGGUCAGCCUGUUUCAACCGCAUCAAUUCCUGCUGAAGCGAGUAAAGUGAGUAAGGAGAGCGAGUAA